AGAUAUCCUAUCAUUGGCUCAACAAUUCAAUAUGCCGCUCGAGAAAGAUUCGCAAAGCCGACAGGUUGUACCACUGUUUAUCAAUGGCAAGCCUCUACCAGUAGACGAGUCCCGGGUGCAGCCUGUCAAGUCCUCCAUCACUGACGAGACGAUACAUUACUACGUUUCCACGGACAUCAAAGCCUGCGACGAGGCUUGCGAGACAGCAUGGACGGCCUUCAGCGGCAACAUCCUCGACACAGGUCGUAGUGGGUGGAAGCGGGCAAGUGCGAAUACACGCCGCGACAUCAUCAUAAAAGCAGCGGACUUGUUCGAGGCACGGAAGGACGAGUUGAUCAAAGCACAGAUGGACGAGACGUGUUGCCCACAGCCGUGGGCAAUGAACAACAUCGCUACGACUGUGGGCUACUUGAGGGAGAUCGCCAGUUGCGUGUCGAACAUCAAGGGUGAGAUACCUACCAUCGACAAGCCGGAUACGUUUGCGUUUGUGUUCAAAGAGCCUGUGGGUCCGGUGCUGGUAAUCCCGCCAUGGAAUGCUGCGCUGGUGCUUGCGACCCGUGCGGUCACCAGCGCUCUUGGAGCCGGUUGCUCGGUCGUACUGAAGUGCAGCGAGCUUUCACCUCUCACGCACAGCCUCAUAGUCGACAUCUAUCACCAAGCUGGCCUCCCAGCAGGCGUGCUCAACUCGGUCCAGUCUUCUCGCGAAAACGCUGCGGAGGUGACUGAGCAUCUCAUUGCCAACGAGCGCAUACGCAAAAUUGAGUUCAUCGGCUCAGCGGCCGUAGGUCGUAUCGUGGGCGCAACAGCGGCGAAGUACCUGAAACCCGUCCUCAUGGAGCUGGGGGGCAAGUGCCCGUCCAUCGUACUUGACGACGCCAACCUGCAGAAAGCCGCAGUGCUGAGCGCAAAAGGUGCCACGCUGCAUCACGGUCAAAUCUGUUUCAGCACUGAGCGUAUCAUUGUGCACAAGAAUGUCGCCCAACAGUUCCAGGACAUCUUGGCGAAGGUCAUGGCGAAUGAGCGUGGAGGCCACGCCGUGCAUUCCGGCAUCGCGACCAAAGCUCAAGAAAUCCUGAAGGAUGCGCAGGACAAGGGCGCAAAGUUCCUUGUUGGGGGGCCGGAGAUGGCUGUUAAGAACGGCAUGAAACCAUCCAUCAUCAUCGUCGAUCCGAAGACGCCCAAGGAUCAACUCCGCAUCGUUGACGAGGAGACGUUCGGCCCGUCGGCGAGUCUGUACGUUGUCAACUCAGACGAGGAAGCAGUGCGUUUGGCGAACGCGAGCGCUUAUGGUCUGAACGCGACGAUACAUAGCAACAACAUGGAGCGAGCGAUCAAGAUCGGCCGGGAGCUAGAGUACGGACAGGUCCACAUCAACAGCAUCUCCGUCUUCACGAGCUGGACGGGUCCGCAGGGUGGUGUGAAGGGUUCAGGAUGGGGACGGCAGAAUGCGAGUUGGGGCUUGGAGGAGUUCUUGCAAGAAAAGUUCAUCACUUAUCAUGGGAAGGAUAGUGGCUGAGACAUAGUUAAAGGGAUAGACUGUAUAAACGUUCGUGACAUCAAACUGCG